AUGAGCAUCAGCCUCUCGUACGUUGACGAUACGUACAUCAUGGUUACUACCGAUCAUUGGGAGGAGACGAGCUACCUUAUGCGUAAUGCGACACCCCGCGGCAUUCUGUUGAAUCCCGCAAAGGAACAGGUCAUGCACUUCCGCAAGCCCAACACUCACGAGCCACCCUGCGAACUCAUUCCAGACAUACCCAACAUCACGCCGAAUAGUCUGGUAAAAGAGACUGAUCCGGACGGUCUCAUCAUUCUUGGUGUGGCCGCUGACCAUCAGCUCAACUGGAAGCGUCACAUUGCACGAAUCAAGGAAAAUGUACGUGCCAGAAUGGAAUGGAUCAAGCGCAUGUCAAAGUCCAUCUGGGGCCCGAGUCUCGAAAGGAUGAGGGAGCUCUACCUGAGCAGCGUGCGCCCCAUCAUCUCAUACGCUUGUCCAGUCUGGUUCGUUCUCGGUAACUCGGCAUCCAGGUUGUAUCAGACCAAGCAGAAGCUCAUCCACGAGCUUCGUUCUCUUCAGAGCGAAUGUCUCGCUUUCGUCGCCGGCGCUUUCAGGAGGACGUCGAGUCUCAUGCUACACAAGGAGUUGUUUGUUAUGCCAAUUGCCGUCUACCUCCACCAGCUCGCCAUGGCGCACUUCGCAUUCCUAGCCUCGCAUCCCUACAGGGCCUCUUACGUCCACGCAAAGGUCCUCGCAGGGAAUACCCUCCCGGAGCAACCUGUCACCCAGUACAUCAAACAACAGGCCAGGUUGCUCAGUGCCAGCUUGUGGCGGGCGUACCUCUCUGAGCAUACCAGGUCCAAGACGGCGCACCGCGGCCUGAGUGGCAAGCCUGUCGCCUUGUCUUCUCCGUGGGGCCCGAACAACUUCAGGCGAUACAGGGGUCUUUCGCGUGCCCAGUCCACCAUUUUCUUCCAGUGCAGAACUGGCUUCAUUGGACUGAACUCAUACCUCCAUCCGAGAAAGCUCGCCGAGACGAGCAUGUGUCCUUGCGGCUUGGCAAAGCACACAGUCGAGCACCUCUUUCUCGAUUGCCCGUUGCUCGUCAAGGAGAGGCGAAACCUACCGAUCAGAUAUUUCGCUAACAUCGACCCGGAGUGUCGCCAACACGGGUCGCUGUACAAGGCGAAUAUGGUGGCUCACGGAAUGCUCAACACAUUUUGGGUCCGAAAAGUCUCCAUCGCGAAGCUUCUCAACGACUUUCCUUACGAGGCCUCCAUGUGGGCCAUUCACAACUUUGGUCUCGGCCAGUUCGAGUGGACGGACGUGCACAUGCUCAACGGCCCGUCCAUCAAACAUCCUGAUCUCCUCUUCGCAGGAACGUAG